CCUGGCCAGUUCAAAGAUGCAGAAGCGGAGCGAGAGCAUAGAAAGGAGCGUCUGGCCAUGGCUUACCGCGUCUUUGGCAGGCUCGGCUUCGAAGAGGGAGUGGCGGGCCACUUGACCUACCGCGAUCCCAUCAUCACCAACGCGUUCUGGGUCACCCCCUUU